UUCAGUCAGAGAAAUCACCCAAACCCAACCCCAAAACCCUAACACUGUAAGCCUACACCACCGCCACGAGGAGUGGCAUACUGCCGCCGUCCGUCGCACUCAAAGUUCGCCAUCCGUCAUCUAGCUUCCCUCGUGCUCCAAGUCUUCAACCCCUGUUCGCUGUCACCGAUCGCGGUUGCUUCCUCGAGCUCGGCGUCCGUCGUGUUUGUCUGCUCAGCCGCGCUUCCGUCGCCGUUUUUUUGCCGUUCACGUUCGCGUCUUCGUUCGCGUUCGCUCGGCGUUCACCGUUCGCGUUCACUCGCUGUUCACCGUUCGAGUUUGCGGUCUUCUGGAAGCCACGUUGCUCUGCUUCAAACUCUGCGACCAACCCGCGCGCUCCACUCAGCCGUCGAACUGCUCUCUGUUGUCCCCGCCGUUUGAUGUGAUUAUUGGUUAAUGUUUUGUAAUGUUUGGUGCUGAAUGCUGAUUGUUGAGUUCAGAUAUGGUUGUUUAUUUUGACUUGGUUAGACCGGUUGACCUGUAAACCAGUGAACCAGUAACUAAAGUGGUUUGAUGACCGGUCCGGUUCUCAGAACCUUCAAAGAAGUAUAGAACUAAAAAACCUAACCCUCCCUGCAGUGCGAUGAGUGAAUCCAUGUUUAUGGCUGCUGCGAUAAACCCUCCCAAAUCCCCCUUCAAAAUCAACCUCACACCUGCUCUUCCGCCUCUGCCAACCUCCUCCGCACUCACUUUCAAACCAAACAACAACUUCUCCACACUCUCCGCCGCUGCACAACCACAACAACAAGAACACGCCGCUCUGCUCGACACUCUUCUCAACAGCACACGCAAGAACCAAGUGCUCCAAUCCAUCAGAACCACCUCCCCCUUCAACUGCCUCUCCGAAACAAAUCUUCACCAUACGGUUCCCGCCCUCACCUCCAAAACCAGGGGAAAGGUUAGAGACAUAUAUGAUAGUGGAGAGUACCUUGUUCUGGUUACUACUGAUCGCCAGAGUGCAUUUGAUAGAGUCCUUGCUUCAAUUCCCUUCAAGGGACAGGUGCUUAACCAGACAAGCUUGUGGUGGUUUGAGAGAACCCAGCAUAUAACUGCUAAUGCCGUUGUGUCCACUCCUGAUCCUAAUGUUACCAUAGCAAAGAAAUGUUCUGUUUUCCCUGUUGAGUUUGUUGCUAGAGGGUUUGUGACCGGAAGUACUGAUACUUCAUUAUGGACAGUCUACAAUAAAGGCAUCCGGAACUAUUGUGGCAAUGCCCUCCCAGAUGGUUUGGUAAAAAACCAAAAGCUGGCUGAAAAUAUACUCACACCUACAACCAAAGCUGCAGAUCAUGAUGUUCCUGUAACUCCAGAUGAGAUUAUAGAAAGGGGAUUAAUGACAAGAGCUGAUUAUGAGGAAGUCAGCAGAAAAGCUUUAAGUCUGUUUGAAUACGGUGAGCGUGUGGCUUCAGAACAUGGCCUUAUAUUGGUCGACACAAAGUAUGAAUUUGGGAAGGCAGAGGACGGUUCAAUUAUGUUGAUUGAUGAGGUGCACACUCCUGAUUCAAGUAGAUAUUGGAUUGCCAAUUCUUAUCUUGAGCGCUUUCAAAAUGGUUUGGAGCCUGAAAAUGUUGAUAAGGAGUUCUUGAGGCUGUGGUUCAAAAAUCACUGCAACCCUUAUGAAGAUGAGGUUCUUCCUGAAGCUCCUGAAGAUCUUGUUUGCGAAUUGUCUUGGCGAUACAUUUUCUUGUAUGAGACUAUAACAAAAUCAAAGUUUGAGGUGCUGUCGUCUGAGGAGCCAAUACAUGAGCGAAUAUCACGAAAUGUUGCAUCUGCACUGGCAUCUUUGAAGUAGCCUGGGAAUCUCGGGACUUUUUCAGUUCUGUAUUCUAUAGACCCCUUUCUGAGGAUAUAUUUAAAACUUACAAGUAGCAGAAAUUCUACCAAGAAGUGUUUUUUUAAACAAAAGAAAUUAUAUAAAUAAAGCUUAAAACCAAAAGACAGAUGAACAUUUAACUCUCAUAGAAAUCAUGC